GUCUUUUUUAUUUAUUAAUUUACAUUCUGAAGGAAUUUCUUUCAUAAAGUAAAUACGCUUAUUUGAGCCAGUUAAAAUUCAAUAAAUUAAAAACAUCAAAUACUUCAAAGAAUGCUAAUUUUCUGUGAAAUUCUCAAUUACAUCUUCUUUUCACUGGAUAUUUUGUAAUAAUUAUAAUUUAUAACAAGGCUUGAAAUGGAAAGUAGUUCAAAUGUUUAAAGUUCAAUAUAGGCUAGUUUAUUCUAUUCAUAAAUUAUUAAAAUCUUAAUUUCCAUAUUUUAUACUGUAUUUGUCACUUGAGAUUUGUGUAUUGAGUGCAUUGCUUGUAGCUUAUACAACUUGUUAUUUAUGACUUUUUUACUUAAUAUGCACGCUGUGUAUGAAAUAUAAUGGCCCAACCAGACUCAUUUACUUUUGAUUUAAACAAAUAGAACCAUUCUCUUUAAUUACGACAUGUUAAAUUUAGACUUUGCCGUGGUUUUUUGUUUUUUCAUAAUACCGAUAAUGGAAACGUCUCUGUGAAUGGACGAUCGAAGGCGUGGAAGCACAUUCUACGACACCAAGCGAUUAAACAUCCAAUUGGCUGCCCCCAUUGACGUCACGUUUCUAGUUGCAUUGACAUUUGCACCAUCAUCACAAAAUAUUUCCGAUUCGUUUCAACAACAAACUAAACCCAACGUUGUAAUUUUCGACGUAAUCAAAUAAAUCAAACAGGAGACGAUCGGAUUUGAUCAAAAACGAUUAUUUUCGAUUCGGGUUAUUUUUAUAUACUAUCCAGGUGACUAAUGUCAAUAAAAACACCCGGAGAGCAGUCAAUAGGAGACGAGACUAGGGUCACGUGACGGCGGCGGUCCAAUGGCAACGCUCCUCUUUACGGUAAUAGUCGCAGAGUUCAGACGACUUGUUAAAGAAGAAAUAGUAAAGUCGUCACCGAUGAAAGAAUAGUAAUCACUUUGGCUUGCAUGGAAUUUGAUUUAGUUUUCUCGCUAUCUAGCGAGACGGGAAUGAAGUUAUUUUUAUAUAUUCGACUUUAUCGGUUCGUUAACGAAGUUAGGAAACUAAAAUACGUACCGAUCGUGCAUCGAAAAUCUGAUGUUUGGUUUGCAUUCUUGUCUCUUCGUUCUUCAUGAAACUCGUUCGUGAUAGCGAAAUAUUUAUAUAUUUUCCUUCUUAGAAACUACAUACAAUCAUGUAUUCCAGCGAUCAGGGAAAUUGCAAAUAUGAACAUUAUGCAGUUUGAAAGAGAAGUUAUGAUAUUGUGAUUUAGAAAAAUAUUAAGUAUAAUAAUAAUGAAUCAAAGGAAUGAUACGCGAAAUAGAAAAUCUGAUAAUGCCAAAAAUAUUACAGGAAACAAACAUUCAGUUUUACAAACCAGACCGUCAAGAAAUAAGAGAAAGAAAAUUACUGAAUCUUACACAUCAAAUGAAUUAGAAUUUGAUGAUUCUAAAAUGACUAAGCAUUCAGUAAUUAAUAAAGAUGAUACAAGUGGAAUUAAAAAAAAUCCUUCAGAUUUAGGUGAAUCUGUCUCAGAAAAUAAAUCUGGAGAUUUUACAAUGAAUAAAAAAGAUGAUAUAUUGACUUCACCAUGUAAUAAAGAAGAACAAUCAUCCAUGAUAAUUAAAAACAAUAAUAGUAAAACAAUAGUUUCUCCAAAUGAAAAAGAUUCUUCAGAGAGCCUUCGAAAAGCUGCCAGAAAAGUUCCAAAGAAACGAAAGUUCAGUCCAGCAGAAGUAGAACAGUUUCAAACAAGCUGUGAUCAACAACCAGUUAAAGAUAUUUCAGAGAGCAAUCUCAUUUCUGAUCAUUUAAACAAAAGGAACUUAAUUACUGGAACUGAAAUAGAUUUGAAAGAAUGGAAAGGUCAUAGAAUUCUUGCUAAACGAGAUGGUUUUUAUUUGCCAGGAGUUAUUAAAGAAAUUAGAUCUGACUUUGAUGUUGAAGUUUUAUUUGAUGCAAAUCAAGGUACAAUUGUAAUUAAUGAUGUUUUAGGACAGAGAAAAUAUGACAUUGUAAGUGACCAUAGUCCUUCUCCAGGCCAAGUAACAGUUGGAGCACGUGUAUGUGUAAGAGACAAUUCAGAAGAAAAUAUAUUUGUAGAAGGCGUUGUAAUGGUACUAAGUGCCAAACCUGUGCAAUAUAAUGUGAAACUUGAAGUUCCUUCAAAAUAUGCCAAUAAGGGUGAAACUUUAUGGGUCUCAAGAGCAAAUCUAAGAUUAUUAUUACCUCCAUGGUGGGAAGAACUAAACUUAUCUGAUGAUCAGCCAUCACAAUUACCCCCAAUUCCACAAGUUCAUUGGCAAAAUCAAUUAUCUCCAGCAAUUGUAACACAUCAGUUUCAACCAGAACCUCCUGUGCCAACAGAUAUACAAACUGUUCAACAACUUUUACCACAAAAAGUAACUACAAAUAUAUCUAGUUCUGAAAUGUUUGUAGUUGAUAAUUCUGUAUUAAUAAAUAAAAAUAACAACAUGAAAACAAAUGCAGAUAAUUUGCUAAAACUUGCAAAUAAACAACAAUUUACAAAUAGUGCAAGUCCUCACUUAGCAGAUGAAUCUUCAGAUGAUGAUCUUAGAAAAGAAAAUAUUAGAUUUGAUAUUGGUCAUUCACCAAAUUUACAUUUAGCUAUACCUGUUACUAAUAAUCGAUCAUCAAGCAGUUUAAGAAAAGAAGAUAUUAGUCCUCCAAAUGUUGGUUCUUUUGAACAUGUUUCAUCACUUCCUUCUCCAGCAUUAACAGCUUUAAAAUAUAAAAAGGGGGAUAUUGUAUCAACUCCAAAUGGAAUUAGAAAAAAAUUUAAUGGUAAACAGUGGAGAAGGUUGUGUUCUAAAGAUGGUUGCACAAAGGAAUCACAGCGUCGUGGAUACUGUUCAAGACAUUUAGCUUCAAAAGGAAAGAAUAAUAUGAGGUCACCAUCUUUGAUAUUUCCUGGCCGUCGAAAAGGAACAAUUAAAGAUUCUGUUGGAGGAAAAGAAAUUGAAUGGGAUGAAAUAUCACAGGAAGAUAAGACAAGUCCUGCAGGUUCAAUUGACAGAGAUCACAGAGUUCAAGGACAGUUUGAUGUUGAUGAGACUGAGGCAGCUAAUAUGUUAGUAUCCCUUGGAAAUUCCAGAUCAACUACACCUGCUGUAUCUCCUAGCCAUACUCCUAUUCCAAUUUCACCAAUUGUGAAAUCUCAGCAUCAAAGUCCUUUACCAACAGUUGCUUUUUCAAAUAUUUCUCCAUCAGUAAAUCAGUUGCCAGUACAAUCACAGACAUCAAUGCAACAUUGGUCUCCAUUACCUCAAAAUCAAUCUAAAAUUAAUACGCACAUCCAAGAACAUCCUUCUGAUCUGUAUAAACGUGCAGUUAUAAGAACUGAAAUUCCAGUAACUCAGACAUAUACUCUAGAGCAAGAACAACUUUCACAAAGAGAAAUUAGAGGAUCAGUACUUCAUUUAGCUGAUAAUCCUUCAGAUUCCAUUCUUUCUCCUCCUCCUACAUCACAGUUGCCCACUACCCAGCCUUUAUUUGUACAUUCUUCUUCUGUGCCUGUUGAUCACUAUCAUCGAGAGCCAAUGAUAAAAUCAGAUAUAAAUGAUGAAUGUAACAUGCCUUCUAAUGCCGUUAGUGUGGUCAUAUCUGCAGGUCAGAAUGGACACAAAACUGGAAUGCUAAAACAAGCCUUACAAAAUCCGUUUGGAAAUUCCAGAGAAAUUGCAAAUAAUAUUUACUCUGAAACUGAACAACAACAAUGUGUGUCCAGUGAAGUAAAGCAUAUUGAAUCUACUCAAUCAUUUUCUAAAGAAAAGACAGGGAAUACAGAAAUUAAUGAGUUUGUUAAUCACCCUACACCUGUCCAUUUAUUACCUGUAAUGCCUAUAAAUGGAGACAGAGACACUCAUGCUAAUCUUGUAAUGAAUGGUUCAGGUCAGUUUUAUUUUUCUCUUUUUUAUAUAUUAGUGUAAUAUUAAUAUAAUAUGAGUAAU